AGUGGAAUCCGACCGCAUCCGAGCUUCAGGGCCUCCCUUCCAGGGCCGGACAGCCGCAUUGUGAAGUCGGCCCGCUCCUAUGCACCAUGGUGCGGCGGCGGCCUGGCGGCGCGGCUUGAAAUCCAAAAAGAAAGUGUGGUCCGGGGCGGGCGGUGUGGGAGGUUUCGGAGCCGUGGCCCGGAAGUAGUAGGGGCCGCAGCGGACGGAAGGGCGCCCCCGCUUCGUCCCCUCGGUGGCUACGGCCUAGCCAGGCCCGCAGAACUCGGAGCAGUGCGGCGUCCUUCCUUGGGCCCUCCCGCCGGGCCAGAGAUCCGGGCCCGUUACGCCAGGCUCAGCCCUGGAGGCGCAGUGGCGUGGCUCCUGGCUGAGGGGUUGUAAGUGAACACGGCCCGGGAGCAGCGGCGUCGGUGCGUUGGUCCGGUGCCGGCGGGUGCAGUUUUUUUGUGGAAUGCUGUGGAAGGUCGAUCUUCCCUUCGGAGUCAUUAAUUCAAAUAUUCCCUUGGACGUUCACAGGGCCCCUUUUGCCGUCCUCGGCGUUAGGCCUUAGGGGUACUACCCAGUGUGGACCGAGCGCGGUGACCGAGCUCAGUUUGACGGGGUAUUCCAGGAGGGUGGAUACGGGAAGGUUAAUAUCGAUGGAGGAGAGUCGUGGAGUAGGCUUUUUCUGUCUUAAUUUCGCAUGAAUUAUGCCUGAAAGCUACUUUUAAAUGGGGAAAGCGCUCUGAAGAUUUGUGCAGAAAAUCCUGCUCGAGAUUAACUAAUUGUUCUCUCUUUCUCUGUUGGACGCGCACCUUUCCGGAGGAUGGGGGAGGCUGCUCUUUGGCGUAAAUUGCAAUCGAUUAGGGAUCGUUUCUCAGAAUCAAGUUAGAAGUGAGAGUUCAGAUAAGUGAGGCCGCCAUUGCUGCUUUGAACACCUCAGAAGGGGAGAAUGGAUUUAUCAGGAGUGAAAAAGAAGAGCUUGCUAGGAGUCAAAGAAAAUAAUAAAAAGUCCAGCACUAGGGCUCCUUCUCCUACCAAACGCAAAGACCGCUCUGAUGAGAAGUCCAAGGAUCGCUCUAAAGAUAAAGGGGCCACCAAGGAGUCAAGUGAGAAGGAUCGCGGCAGGGAUAAAACUCGGAAAAGGCGCAGCGCUUCCAGUGGUAGCAGCAGCACCAGGUCUCGGUCCAGCUCAACCUCCAGCUCAGGCUCCAGCACCAGCACCGGCUCCAGCAGUGGCUCCAGCUCCUCCUCUGCAUCCAGCCGUUCGGGAAGUUCCAGCACAUCUCGCAGCUCCAGCUCAAGCAGUUCCUCCGGCUCUCCAAGUCCUUCUCGGCGCAGACAUGACAACAGGCGGCGCUCCCGCUCCAAAUCCAAGCCACCUAAAAGGGAUGAAAAGGAGAGGAAAAGGCGGAGCCCUUCCCCUAAACCCACCAAAGUGCAUAUUGGGAGGCUCACCAGGAAUGUGACCAAGGAUCACAUCAUGGAGAUAUUUUCCACCUAUGGGAAAAUUAAAAUGAUUGACAUGCCUGUUGAAAGAAUGCAUCCUCAUCUAUCCAAAGGCUACGCAUAUGUAGAGUUUGAGAAUCCGGAUGAAGCUGAGAAGGCUCUGAAGCACAUGGAUGGAGGACAAAUCGAUGGCCAAGAGAUCACUGCCACUGCUGUGCUCGCCCCCUGGCCUAGGCCACCACCCAGGCGAUUCAGCCCUCCCAGGAGAAUGCUGCCACCACCUCCCAUGUGGCGCAGGUCCCCCCCACGGAUGAGGAGAAGGUCCCGCUCCCCGAGACGUAGGUCUCCUGUGCGCCGGCGAUCCCGCUCCCCUGGCCGCCGCCGCCACAGGAGCCGCUCCAGCUCCAACUCCUCCCGAUAAGCAGGGCCACUGAAGCUCAUGCCCCCUGUAACUUAUAUCCUAACCCAUCUGGCUCAGUUUUGUCACUUUCCUAGCCAAAGGAGGAUCAGUAGGAAAGGAAAUUCCUCACUCGGGCAGGCUUUCAAGGCAGCUAUUGAGACAUCUCUGCAGGCUGGUUUCUAGCUGCAGAAGUAUUGUCAGUUAGGGGUUGUGCCUAUAAAAAUGCCCUCAGUUUUCUGACUAGAAAACUUACCUGUUUCGACUACCUGAGAGAGUUCAAUGGCAAAGCCACCAGUGAUAAUCAAGACUCCAGGUGGCAGUGUGGCCCAUCCUGGGAGCUUGCUUUUCUUUACCAUGAGUGGCCUAGUUGCGCCUUUGCUGUUGCUGCGCAGCAUCCUUUGGGGAAGUGAGCCACACUUUUGCACAGCCAAGGUCUGGACUUUUUUGCUCCCUGCUUGAGUCUUCUUCUGACCUUGAGAGUUGCCAUAGAUGGUUGUCUGUUGGUGUACUUGCACACAUGCCACACCCCCAUACCCCUGUUCUCUGAAAUUGCCAGUGCUGUUAGGGUUGGCACCGAAUCUCCACUGGGCCUGUCUUUCAUGGUGGUUGUCUUGCAGGCUACCUUGGCAACAUGUAUAUUGCUUCUUUUUGCUUUUAUUGUACAGUUAGUACUAUAAAAUUUGUUUUGAGUUUUGUAACUUUGUAGCAUUUUAGAUAACAUUGUAUUUGUACUUUGUUGUGUAGAGUGAAGGAGUUGUGUUGAAUAAAC